CUUUAAUAUCUCUAUCUGCAGAAAAGCGAGAGACUUUUACUGCCGGAACCGAACUACAUCGAAUUGUACCGCCCGUGCCCGACUGUGCGCGUGAAACCUCUCUCUGUCUCUGCCUCUGUCUCUCUUUCCCUCUUUCUCUCUCUCUCUGUGUAAAAGAGGGGAGAGAGAGGAUGGAGGUCCGGUUCCUCCCGGUGUUCAUGAUUCUGCUGCUGCAGUCAGUAACGGAAGGAGCUCGAGCUAAAGCAGAUGAUCUGUUGAUUAUCACCGCUGCGACUGAAGAAACAGAUGGCUUUAAGAGAUUCAUGAGAACGGCUAAAGAAUUCAACUACACUGUGAAGGUGCUGGGUCUGGGUGAAGAAUGGAGAGGAGGUGAUGUUGCUAAAACUGUAGGAGGAGGACAGAAGGUUCGCUGGCUGAAGAAGGAAAUGCAGAAAUACAAAGAUAAACAGGACAUGGUCAUCCUCUUCGUGGACAGUUAUGAUGUAAUCCUGGCGGCUGGUCCUGACGAGCUGCUGCUGAAGUUUUCUCGCUUAAAGCAUCGUGUUGUUUUCUCUGCUGAGGGAUUCUGCUGGCCUGAUCAGCGCCUAGCUUCCAAAUAUCCUGAAGUACAUACUGGCAAACGCUACCUCAACUCUGGAGGUUUUAUUGGUUAUGCUCCAGAGAUCUACACUCUAGUUCAGCAAUGGAAAUACAAAGAUAAUGAUGAUGAUCAGCUUUUCUACACACGCAUCUACCUGAACAAGGAGCAGAGGACAAAGUAUAACAUGACCUUGGAUCAUAAAUCACGGAUUUUCCAGAACCUUAACGGUGCCAUUGAGGAAGUCGUUCUGAAGUUUGAGAAAUCUCGAGUUCGAGCCCGAAAUGUCGCCUAUGACACGCUUCCUGUUGUUAUCCAUGGUAACGGCCCAACUAAGCUCCAGUUGAAUUAUCUGGGUAAUUAUGUGCCAUCAGCGUGGACAUACGAGCGAGGAUGUGGUGUGUGUGAUGACGACUUGUUGUACUUCAAUGACGUACCGGAUGAAGAGAUGCCACAGGUUCUCAUCGCUGUGUUUAUCGAACAACCAACACCAUUUAUUGAGGAGUUUCUGGAGCGACUGACCACUAUAAACUACCCUCACACACGCCUAAGACUGUUCUUACACAACAACGUGGUGUAUCAUGAGCAGCAUGUGCAGCGCUUCUGGAUGAAACAUCGUGCUCUGUUCCCUAAUGCUCGUAUUGUUGGACCUGAAGAGAACUUGCAACACCCCCAGGCUAGAACCAUGGCAGUGGAGAUGUGUAAGAGUGACCCUACCUGUGAUUACUACUUCAGCAUGGACAGUGAAGUGGCUCUGAUCAACCCAGACAUUUUGCGCAUCCUCAUCGAAGAAAACAAGCCUGUGAUUGCCCCGAUGUUAUCUCGUCAUGGUAAACUCUGGUCUAAUUUUUGGGGAGCUCUGAGUCCUGAAGGUUUUUAUUCUCGCUCUGAAGAUUACAUCGACAUUGUACAGGGAAAAAGAGUUGGAGUGUGGAAUGUUCCAUAUAUAACUCAGGUGUAUUUGAUACGUGGUGAAGUUCUUCGUACUCGCCUUUCCCACGUGUCUCUCUACCAGGAGGAAGGUUUGGACCCAGACAUGGUGUUCUGCAGAGCAGUUCGGGACCAGGGUGUGUUUAUGUUUGUGACCAAUAGGGAUGAGUUUGGCCGAUUGAUCUCCACCAACAACUACAACAUCAGCCGACUGCAUCCUGACAUGUGGCAGAUAUUUGACAACCCCAUGGACUGGAGGGAGAAGUAUAUCCAUGAGAAUUACUCUCAGAUCUUUGAGAGUGACGUGGAUGUGAUAGAACAGCCGUGUCCAGAUGUUUACUGGUUUCCUGCAUUUUCACACAAGAUGUGUGACGAUCUUGUUGAGACCAUGGAGCACUUCGGAGAGUGGUCUGGGGGCAAACAUGAGGAUGAGAGGUUAUCAGGUGGAUAUGAAAACGUCCCCACUGUUGAUAUUCACAUGAAUCAGAUUCAGUUUGAGAAAGAGUGGCUGAAAUUCCUGAAAGAGUACAUCGCUCCCGUCACUGAGAAACUUUACCCAGGAUAUUAUGCAAAGGCAAAAGCUGCGAUGAAUUUUGUUGUCCGUUAUCGUCCUGAUGAACAACCAUCACUCCGCCCUCAUCACGACUCCUCAACAUUCACCAUCAACAUUGCUCUCAACAGUAAGGGGAAAGACUAUGAGGGAGGAGGCUGCAGGUUCCUGCGUUAUGACUGCAGAAUCGAAGCUCCCAGAAAAGGCUGGUCUUUAAUGCACCCAGGACGUUUAACACACUACCAUGAGGGUCUGCCUACAACCAAGGGCACUCGAUACAUCAUGGUCUCAUUUGUAGACCCCUAACACUGUGUGUGUAUGUGUGUGUGUGUGUGUGUGUGUGUGUUUUCACUGUGAUUAAACACUCUUAUCUUGUGCCUUCUGGUAUAGUGAGACUGGGUUUGUCUUGAAAACUUUGACAAUAAUUUUCUACAACCUUUUAUUGAGUACAACAUGUAAAGCUUGUCUUUUUUUUUAUUUCAAUGCAACGUUUUUACCUCUUGUGGCCUUUUAGUUUUAUUUUAUACAAAGCCAGAUGUAGAGUUUAAACUAGUUUUGUGUCAAGCAAGUUUGCUAUCAGCUUUGUACAAAGUGCUUUAAGUUAUUUUAUUGUGUACAUGACAAAUAAAAGCUGAUUAAAGUUCGCAA